AUGUGGGAGCGCACACUUCAAGAUCUCAUCCGUGGGCUUCGCGCGAACAAGAAAGACGAGGCCAAGUUUAUCGCGCAGGCCGUCGAUGAGAUUCGGCGAGAAGUCAAGAGCAAGGACAUGGAGCUCAAGGCGGGCGCGAUCUUGAAGCUCGCAUAUCUGGACAUGCUCGGGCACGACAUGAGCUGGGCCUCCUUCCAUAUAGUGGAAGUCAUGUCUUCGCCUAAGUACCAUUUAAAGGCCGUUGGCUACCUGGCGGCAACACAAAGCUUCGGCCCAGAGACGGAUGUCCUCAUGCUCACCACGAACCUGUUGAAGAAGGACCUUACUUCUACUCCAGGAGACGUCGCCGUCAGCCUUAACGGCUUAUCCCACUUUGUCACGGCUGACCUCGGACGCGAUCUCUCUACCGACCUGAUCGCCAUGUUAAAUCACUCGCGACCGCAAAUACGCAAACGUGCGGUUGCGGCUGUCUACAAGAUGCUCGUCAAGUACCCGCAGGCGUCGCCAUAUGCACUUCCGCGCUUACGGGAAAAGCUGGACGAUCCCGAUCCCAGUGUCGUUGCUGCCACUGCAAAUGUAUUGUGCGAGCUCGUUCGAGUAGAUCCAAAGGAGUACCUAUCAUUGGCCCCUCAACUGUUCCAUCUACUCACGACCUCCUCCAAUAACUGGAUGCUCAUAAAGCUCAUCAAGAUGUUCGGAUUCUUGUCACCCUACGAACCUCGGCUAGUCAGAAAGUUGCAGCCACCUAUAACGGAACUCAUUUCAACCACACCGGCCAUUUCCCUCUUGUACGAAUGUGUUCACACAUGCAUAGUUGGAGGCAUGCUUCAAUCCGCCUCUGGAAACGCUCUCGCAGAGACCUGUGUGACGAAGCUUGCGACAUUCCUUGGCGAUCCGGACCAGAACCUGAAGUACAUAGCACUCUUGGCCAUUGUCAAGAUUGUGCCGACGCAUCCUCAUCUGGUCGCGAGGUAUCAGGAUAUCAUCUUAGUCAGCGUGAACGACCAUGACAUCAGUAUUCGCAUGCGCGCAUUGGAUCUUCUGACUGCCAUGGCUUCUCCCGAGAAUCUGCAGUCUAUUGUGCAACAACUCUUAUCACACCUAGUCAACCCCGAGCCGACAACAACUACAACAGCGGCUCAAUCGCUGAACGCAUCGCUCAAUGGCGCUCCGACAUCAGAUGUUGCUUUGAAACCAUCCAAGUCAACCGCAUACCGACUCACGCUCGCCCAACGUAUCCUGUCCAUGUGCGCAGAAGAUACCUACGCCAACGUCAACGAUUUCCAGUGGUACCUUUCGGUACUAGUAGAUCUCGCAUACGUCGCUGGCGUAAACGUCGGCUCCGAGAUCCGCGAUCAGCUGGUCGAUGUCGUGGCGCGGGUCCGCGGGAUUCAAAGACGCGCAGUGGAACUCAUGGUGUCUUUAUUGAACGACAACUCAUUCGUGGCAAAUGCGAAAGACGAGGGAAGUUGUGCGGACGUCUUAUGGGCGGCCGCGUGGAUUUGCGGGGAGCAUUGCGGGGAACUUGUGGAACCCCAGAAACUCAUUCCGCUGCUGUUGAAAUCUGGCGUCACGGAGCUUUCUCCAGCUACUAUCGGUGUCCAUCUUCAGGCGGUCCUGAAGAUAUUCGGUCUGUGGGCUUCGGAGCUGUCCCAGAACUGGGAUAACGACGAUCUACCCCGCGUCAGAGCCGUUGUGGAUGAGACGAUUGAAGCCUUGCGGACCUUUGCUUCAAGCUCCGACAUCGAGGUGCAGGAGCGGGCGGCAAACGCGUUGCAACUCUUCUCCUUCGUACGCGCGGACCUCGCCACAUAUCAUUCACAACCCGGAUCAUCGACAGGGUUCGCAGAGUCCAAUGAGCCCGCAUAUCCGAAGAGCAUGCUUCUCCUUCAACCUCUCUUCGAAACGUACGAGCUCAACCCGGUGAAUCCUGCUGCACAAGCCGCCAUACCUCCACCCGACGACAUCGAUCUUGAUGCGUGGAUCGUCCCGCCGCCUGUGGCUGAAGUACCAAUGUCCACCACAGACUCUGUCAAAAAGUCGAAGAAGGGCAAGGGCAAGGCGAAAGCUAAAGACGCGAACGGUAGCGCGGGAAAGACCUCGAAGCAUCAUAGGGGCGGCGAAAGUAGCGCAGUCCUCACUUCGGAGGUAUUGGAGACAGAGGAAGAGCGUGCGGCUCGCGAAAGGGCCAGGGAAGACCGUCUUGAGCGACAACGAGACGACCCAUACUAUAUACCGACGGCCACUCCUAUGCGCUCUACACCACCAGAAGACAUCGACUCCAUACCUGUCGUGCGGCUAGACGACCUACCGCCUAUGCACGCGGCGCCUAUAGCUUCCUCCCCAGUGCCACGACUGCCUUCCGUCCUACGUGCAAGAGCAGAAGACCGGCCAAUCGCAUACACGAUUGACCGAAAUGGCGAGAUGCCCGCCGGCGUACCUAUACCACCUUCUCUACCCUCGUCACAGAAGUCAUCACGGCCUACAUCUGCGAUGGCCAGUAGCUCCGGCACUCUACCUACUAUUCCACCUUCUCGGUUCCCUGAAUACGUCGUGGAAGACGACGCGCCGAGCACGCCAGAACCGAUCAAGGUUGUACGUGCGAAGAAGGCCGGCACUGGGACUAAGAAGAAGAAAAAGAUAGCUGCGAAUGGGUCUGCUACCAGUACUCCGCCACCUUCAUAA